UAGAUCCGUCUCCCACCCGUGCGGACUUACCCGUUAGGUUAUUUUAUGUGGUGGACUUUUCGUGCUCCAAGCGAUCGGCCGAGUCGAAGUCGAGGCGAGGCGAGAAGAAGCGCGAACAGCGAGAUCUGUGGUUCGCAGAGGGAGGAAGCGAAGGCGAAGAUGAUCGACGAUCAAGACUUGGGAUUCUUUGCUAAUUUUCUUGGCAUAUUUAUCUUCAUUUUGGUAAUUGCUUAUCAUUAUGUGAUGGCAGACCCAAAGUACGAAGGUAACUAAUGCUUGAGAUAGUGGCGUUGUGGGCAGGAAAUAUGACUUUUAUGGAUCAUGCCUGAAUGAGUCUUCAUGGUUUCUAUUGCUACUCGGGUAUAUAGAAGAACUUUUAUGCCAGAAACUUGUAAGAACUAUACAAUUGCUUCACAAAUGAGGAACUUUCAGCUUUGAGCUUCA